AUGCGCGCCGAGGACCACACGCUUUGCUCCACUCAAAACACUCUCCCAAAACAUUCCCCUGGCGGAGAAAACGCGCCUGCGCCUUCCUUCCCACCAAUGGCAAGGAGUCUUGCAUGUGAUUCGCUCUCUGUGGGGCCAGACACGGCUCUCGCUAGCCUCGCCCCUCCAAACACAAGGACGGAAGUAACGUCAGGACAAGGCGAACGGAGGCGGGUUUCAGUUCGGCGCCUUUCUUUCUCUCGCAGAGGCGAUUGGCUAGCGUGGAGUAAAAGAGGCGGGACAAGUUGCCGCGGGUUCAGUGCCGCCACUGGAACCAGGAGAUGCGGCGCAGGAGCUGUCGCUGUGUAUACCUUUUCCAUAUCCCAGCCCCUUAUUGUGGUUGCUCCUGCGGCCUCGAGCAUGUUGUUACCUUCGGACGUAGCCCGGCUGGUUUUGGGUUACUUACAGCAAGAAAACCUCACUUCUACUUGCCAGACUUUUAUUUUGGAAAGUUCAAAUUUAAAAGAAUAUGCAGAGCACUGUACAGAUGAAGGUUUUAUCCCAGCCUGCUUAUUGUCCUUAUUUGGAAAAAACUUGACAACAAUUUUGAAUGAAUAUGUAGCUAUGAAAGCAAAAGAAACAUCAAAUGAUGUCCCGGCAAUAAUGUCAUCUCUGUGGAAGAAGGUAGACCAUACACUUUCUCAGAUCAGGAGUAUGCAAAGUUCUCCAGGAUUUGCUGCCAAUCAGAGAGCCAGAACUAGAAAUGGAAUUGCAGAAAUCAAACGGCAGAGAAGGCUUGCCUCCCAUGCAGCGCAAGUCAGUUCAGAGUUGCUGACUUUACCGUACAUUUCAGGACAGUUCACUACUGCUCCUUUGACAGCUACACAGGUUCGGCCAACUGGCCAAAUUACAGCUCCACUGAGGUCAAAUUUUGUGGUAGUUAACCAUGCACAGACACAAGACACUGUUACUACUGGAGAAACUUUAAAUAUUAUUUCUGGUCCUCAGGAACGGAAAAAUCAUGCUAGUCUAAUGUCUCCUGCUAGACGCAAAAGUGACUCUCAAAAGAAAACUAUCACACUGACUGGUCCUCAUUCAACGAUCCGGAAUUUCCAGGAUCCGAAUGCAUUUGCAGUAGAAAAACAAAUGGUUAUUGAAAAUGCACGAGAAAAAAUAUUAAGUAACAAAUCUCUUCAAGAAAAGCUUGCAGAAAAUAUUAAUAAAUUUUUGACUAGUGACAGCAAUAUUGUUCAAGUACCUAAAGCAACCGAUAACAACCCAGCUGAGCCAGAAACUUCCAUUGAUGAGCUUCUGGGACUUCAGAAUGAAAUCCAUAUGUCUGAAGAAGUUAUACAAGAUAUAUUGGAACAGACAGAGUCAGACCCAGCAUUUCAGGCACUCUUUGAUCUCUUUGACUAUGGUAAAACAAAGAAUAAUAAAAAUACACCACCUGGCAUUUCCAGUCAUCACAUGGAAACUGAUCCCAGUGUAGUGUUAGCAGAUGAAGCUAAUCUAGCAGUUAAAAGUCCUUUUGAAACAGAAGUAUCCGACCCUCAGUCGGGGCAGCCCCCGUUCUGUACUUCUUAUCCAAAUGAAGAAGCACCAGAUUUGAAGAAUGCCAGCAACCAUGAUGAGCUUAGACAGGACACCCAAGAACAUUUUUCCCAAAUAAGCUCUAACAUCCCAAAAAAGACCUUUAAAGCAAUGGUACCUAUUGAACAGAAGUGUAACCUUGACAUUACCUUUGAUUCUGUGCCUAAUUUGACUGACUUUAACCAAAGAGGAAAUUCCGAUGCUAUAUGUAACCACCAUUGUGCUGAAAUCUACACCAGUCAAAUGUCCACUGAAACGGAAAUGGCUAUGGACGUUGGAAAGAAUUCUUUACCUGCGAGUGUGUCAAAUGAAUCACAGUUACAGCCUGAUCCAGCUACUGCUCUACCAAUACCUGCAUUUAUUUCCCUUGGUAGUGAAAUAGACCAUGAAAACUUAAUUCUCUCUGGUAAAAGUUCACAACUUUUAUCCCAGAAUGUUUCAUUAACUGGAAAACCAUCUAAAAAAAGUCAGGGUGAAAGUUCUAAUGAUACAGUAAGACCUAAGAAUAAUGUUCAUGGUUCCAAGUCACCAGAGGCUAGUGAAAUUCACCAGGAAAAAAUUGAAAUUAAUAAUUUAUUACCAGUUGCUUCACAACAACUUUCAGAUAGCCAAGAUAAAUCUUUACUACAAACUAAAAUAAUCCCUGUUUCUGUUGAAAAUUCAUGUUUAAAUGUAUCGAAACAACCAGUAGACAUUUGUCAUGGAGAUUCAGUCACUUCAGUUAAACAACCAACUCCUAAUUCACCACCUGAUGAAUUAACACAGAUCGAAAAUGAAACUCAGCCUGCAAAGUCUGAGAAAGCUGCUUUGGAUUCACAAGCACCUUCAUCUUCUGCAAAAGAAGACGGAGAUACUAUUUUUCUCUCUUUGGGGGAAAAUAAUAACUGUGUGGAAGUGGCUUUGAUGCCUCCAGAGGGUAAUGCCAUAGAAGACAGUCUUCCUUCAGAGCCUGUGUGUUCCUCAGUGGGAGAGUGUAACCCUGAGUCUCAAAAUGCUGACGAUAAGCCUUCUAGGGACAGCUCAGCAGAGGUAGAUGCAUCAAAUAUUAUUUCUCUCAAAAUUAUCAUCAGCGAUGAUUCAUUUGUUUCUUCAGAUGCUGAAUUAAACAGUGCUGUUUCUAGUAUCGGUGGAGAAAACUUGCCAACUAUAAUUUUGUCUUCCACUAAAACAUCUGCCAAAAAUGCAGAAUUAGUUAAAUCCUUGUCUUCUGAAGAAACUGUAGGUGCCGUUGUGUCUACUGAAGGAGUUGGAAAUCCAGUCUCAGCAGAACAGAGUCUUCCAGCAUUCAAACCCGAAGAGUCUGUAGUGACCAACACUCAGAGUGAAGACAGCAUUACUGCUUCAGCCGUUACACCGUGUGUUUCCAAGGAUGGAGGAUUCAUACAGUUGAUGCCAGCUACAACCACAACUUUUGGCAGUUCAAAUAACAUUCUCAUAGCCACUUGUGUGACUGACCCGACAGCCUUGGGAACUGCUGUCAGUCAGUCUAAUGUGGUGAUGUUGCCUGGGAGUUCUGCACCUAUCCCUGCUCAGCCUGCAGCAACUCAGUUACAGACUCCUCCGCGCUCAAACAGUGUGUUUGCUGUCAACCAGGCUGUCUCACCAAACUUUUCGCAAGGAUCUGCUAUCAUAAUUGCUUCUCCAGUUCAGCCAGUACUACAAGGAAUGGUGGGAAUGAUCCCUGUAUCCGUAGUUGGACAAAGUGGAAGUACUUUUUCUGCUCCACCUCGGCAGGUACUUCCUAUGCCUUUGGCAGCGCCUGUGUGCAGUAGAAGUAUUCCUCAAUUCUCCGUCACUCCAAAACCCCAGAAAACUCCAGGGUUAAGAAGCAAGGCUUGUACAGGAAAACAGGUAACAAAUUCAGUAGAGCAUUCAAAUCAGUCAGUUGGAAUUCAUGCACAAAGAACUGAAGUUUCUGACAAGAAUAUCACAACAGAUGUUGGAAGAAAAUUGGAUGAAAUUACAGCUCCCUUCUCAGGAGAGAAUACAGUUCCAACAAGUAAACCAUUGGAAAGCCACAGAAGGGUGCUCUGUUUUGAUAAUACUACUUCUGCUGUGGCAAAUACACAGGGCCCAAACCCUAAGAUGGUGUCACAAAACAAAGAGAAGAGUGAAAUUUCUGUUCCUCAUCUUGACUCUCCCAUUGUGUCCCCUCCCAUAAAAUCCCCUUCGAAUAAUGCCAUCAAAAAAGAAAGAGAGAAACUUCCUGUGCCUAAGAUCUUAUCAAAAUCAGAAACUGCCACUAGCCGGCAUACUACCAUAAGAGAAACUCAGCAAGAAAAAAAAGCUUUGCCAACAGAAAUUGUACUUGAGACUUUUCAUAAAGCAACAGCUAAUAAGGAGAAUGAAUUGUGCAGGGAUAUGGAGAAGCAAAAAAAUCCAGAAACUACAAAAUUGUCUAAUGGACAGCAAAAUGGGAGUUUACGGAAUGAGAAAACUGUAGCUUCAUUGCAAGAACAGACCAGAAAGCAAGGCACAUCCUCAAACAGUAAAAAUAUCAUUUCAGUAGGUACAGCUGUGAAGGAUGUAAAACAAGAACAAACCAAAUCUCCCAGUUGUUUGCUUAACCCGCUAAGCAAACACACCUCAGAAGUGUUACAAGAUGUUCAGAGGCACAGUCCAGUAAAUAGACUUGCCGAUAGUGGUGAAUUACCUAUACCUCGGACCCCUGGCUCAGGAAUAGGGGAGAAACAUAAAGAAGAGUCAACAGAUGGUAUCAAGGUCCCCUCUAGUAGGCGUUUAGGUGAAGAGAGUAGCGCACCCAAAGCAAUGGUCCCUCCUGCCACCCCGGACCUGCCUGCUUGUAGCCCUGCCAGUGAAACAGGAAGUGAGAACAGUGUCAACAUGGCUGCGCACACGUUAAUGAUUCUUUCCAGAGCAGCUAUCUCUAGGACAGCUUCAGCGACUCCUCUGAAAGAUAACACACAGCAAUUUCGAUCUUCAAGGAGCACCACCAAAAAGCGGAAAAUCGAGGAGUUAGAUGACCGUGAGCGAAAUUCCCGUACCUCUAACAAAAAUCUUGGAAAUUCAUCCAUACCGAUGAAAAAGAAGAAAAUUAAGAAAAAGAAGCUACCCAGUUCCUUUCCAGCCGGGAUGGAUGUGGAUAAAUUUUUAUUAUCGUUGCAUUAUGAUGAAUAA